AUGUAUGCAUCUACCACGGAAGAGCAUACAACGACCGUCUCCGAACCUACGUCGGCAUCGCCCUUUCCUCAUGAUGAGAAGCCGGUCAGAGCAGUAAUAUCACCUCACCAGGAGUCAUCUCCAUCCCCUGCUCCAGCUAUUUCCUCUACCAGAAUCGUCACACCUUCUGAUAGUCCAGAGCGUGCUGUUAUCUCGCCACUGGAGCGGAGCUUCUCUCCAGUAGUUGAACAAACUUUUGCAAGUGUUGCGGUAGAAGCGGAAUCUCGGCGAGGUUGGCAGUCUGACUGGGGAGCGAAUGAUCCAUUGCCACCUGUUCAUUCGCCUAUCAUAAAUACUACAGCCGAUGAGGAAGACGAUGAUGACAAGCCGAUUGGCCAUUCUGCCAAGUUCAAGGGCAUGGACAGGAUUAACUCUCCCCAGGUAAGUCUGGCAAUAUCACCCGCUUCUACCAGGAACAGCAGCGAAUCAUCAGCUCCAAUCUUCGUCAUUUCGGUCGACGAUCCUCAGCGUGUGGGUGAUCCCAUUCGGUCGUUCAUCAUGUAUACUGUGCAUACACGAACGACCUCUCCGCUUUUCCAAAAGUCAAUAUUUUCUGUGCUACGUCGGUAUUCAGACUUUCUAUGGCUAUACGAAACCCUUUCAGCCAACAAUCCGGGUGUCGUUGUUCCUCCCGUACCAGAGAAAAGCCCGUUUGGGCGUUUCGACGAGACAUUUGUACAGCAGCGACGACUGGCGCUCGAGAAAUGUAUCCAAAAGAUUGUCAAUCACCCGGUGCUGGCGAAGGAUCCUGACCUUAAGCUUUUCCUCGAAAGUGACACUUUCUCCUUAGACAUAAAACAUAGGAAAGCUGAGCUCUCGCACGAAAGGGGAGGACUCAUGGCAUCCAUCGGCCAAACCUUAACGGGUCCGCGGUUUCAUGAAACCGAUGAGUGGUUUGAUAGACAGCGUGCAUAUCUGGAUGGUCUCGAAUCACAGCUGCGUGGAUUAGUGAAGUCAAUAGAAAUCGUUGCGAAGCAGCGAGCCGAAUUGGCUGCUGCGACCGGGGAGUUUGCUACUGCGGUCACUGAUCUGUCACUCUCAGACAUUGGAAAGCAACUGACGCAAUCCUUGGCUGCCAUGGCUGACGUCCAGCACAAGGCUGAGGAGGUUCAGACCAUUCAGUCGCAACAGGACAUAAUGACACUUUUAGCUACCGCGGACGAAUACUCAAGGUUGAUUAACUCUGUUCGGAUGGCUUUCAAUUCUCGCAUGCGAACGUACACUGCAUGGCAAAAUGCUGAUUCUGACGUCCGUCGUGUUAAGCAAAAUCAUGAACGACUUCGAUCUCAAGGCCGUCUGCCUACGGAUCGGAUGAGCCAUACCGUUAGUCAAAUAUCAGAGGCUGAACGCCGAGCUCUGGACGCCAAGCACGAAUUUGAUCAGUGCUCAAAGUUGAUCAAAUCUGAAAUGGCAAGAUUUGAGCAGGAGCGUGUGGAUGAUUUCAAGAUAUCUUUGCAAUCUUUCCUGGACGGGAUGAUCACCAGACAGAAAGAGCUCAUUACAACAUGGGAAAACUACCAACAAGUCCUCCUGAAACGUGUUGCUGCUUCCGACGGGAGUAAGGUUUGA